AUGGCGUCACCGCGGCCAUCGCCUGCCUGGUGCUGCCUGCGGUGGCUCUCGGCCCUGCGAAGCGGCGAGCCCGCCGCGCCGCAUGGCCGCGAGGAGGCGGCGGAGGCUCCCGCCGCGGGGGUCAGCCCCGCCGCGGGCGCCCGGGAGGAGGUGAGACGCCACCUGGUCCAGGAGUUGUAUCGUGUGCGGCAUCAGCAUCCUGAACGGCGUGGCGGGCUGGAGAAGUCCCCAGCCGCGGGCCCCGCCGCGGACCCGGCGGGCCUCGACCUCCACUCCGGCAGGCUGGACGCCGCCGAGCAGGCCCGGGCCGCGCGGCUGGGCCGGGCACGCAGGGCCCAGGCGUCGGCGAUGCGAGUCCUGGUGCCCCUCGGCUGCCUGCUGGGCUUCCUCCUGGUGCUGUGCGUCGGCGGCGCCGCCCGCAGCAUCGACGCGGCGCGCACGGGGCUGACGGGGCAGCCGGCCGGCGAGGAGCAUGGUGUCGCGUGGCCCGAGGACGACAUGGCCGCCCCGCUUCCGCAGCGUAGUCGCCUGCACGCUAUCUCGGACUCGCUCUCUGCCGUCACCAGCUGCGUAGGCCACAUCCCGCGGUGGGUGCACCGCCUUGCCCGGCUCGGGGCCCGCGUCGACGGCGCCCUGCAGCUCGCCCGCGUGCCCCGGCGCGGGUCCCCCGACGCGGUGGAGGCGGAGCCGCUGCUGCAGGACGGGGCCGCCCGCGUGCGCGCGCGCUGUCCGGCGCGCGCCGUCCUGGGCGUCCUCGGGCGGCCGCGGCAAGCGGGUGGCCAGCCCCCGUCGGCCUGUCGCGACGCCGUUCUCCUCGCGCAUCUGCCGCGCGCCCGCUCCACGAGCGCGGCCCGCCGGCCGGACGAGCGCCGGGGGCUGCUCGCCGCGGGCGCGGGCUGA